AGGAGGAGGAGGAGGAGAGAGAGCAGCCGGACUGUGUUCAUCAGUCAGCGGAGGACUGUGUAGCCGGCGGCCGCCUCUCUCCUCUCCCCUCCCGGCCCAGCUCUCUCAUGAUCCCGGUUGCGCCCGGCUGUUCCCGUUCACCCCCCCACUCACACAGACUGGACCUUACAGUCCCCCCCCCCUGCGGUGCUCCUACCCUCCGUGUCUGAAUGACGGGCGGCCGGUUCGACUUUGACGAUGGGGGGACGUACUGCGGGGGCUGGGAGGACGGUAAAGCCCACGGACACGGAGUGUGUACCGGACCCAAGGGCCAGGGGGAGUACUCCGGAUCCUGGUGCAACGGCUUCGAGGUGGUGGGGGUCUACACCUGGCCCAGCGGGAACCUGUUCCAGGGCUACUGGGCGCAGGGGAAAAGGCACGGACUAGGUGUGGAGACUAAAGGGAGAUGGAUUUACCGGGGGGAGUGGACUCACGGCUUCAAGGGCCGGUACGGAGUCCGACAUAGCCUGAACACACCGGCCAGGUACGAGGGCACCUGGAGCAAUGGACUGCAGGACGGAUACGGCGUGGAGACGUACGGGGACGGAGGUACGUACCAGGGUCAGUGGACCGGUGGGAUGCGUCAUGGCUACGGUGUCCGUCAGAGUGUGCCGUAUGGUAUGGCCUCGGUCAUCCGCUCCCCUCUGCGGACGUCCCUGGCGUCCCUGCGCAGUGAGCAGAGUAACGGCACGGUGCUGCGUGACAGCCUGUCCGACAGUCCUGCCGGGACACGUGGAGGCUUCGUACUCAACUUCCACUCUGACGGAGACGGCUCAGAGAAGAAGAAGGGUCUUUUCCGCCGUGGCUCUCUUUUCGGUAGCCUCCAGCGACUCCGUAAAUCAGACUCCCGCUCCUCCAUUUCCAGCAAACGCAGCUCGGCGCACAGCGACACAAACAUGAGCCGCAUCAGCUCCAGUGACGCCAACUCCACCAUCAGCUUUGGAGACGGAGACACGGGCGAUGACUACCUCCCCCUGGAGGACAAUGUGGACGCCACCACCACCGAGUCCUACAUGGGCGAAUGGAAGAACGACAAGCGCUGUGGCUUCGGUGUCUCAGAGCGCACCAACGGCAUGAAGUACGAAGGCGAGUGGUUGAACAAUAAGCGCCACGGCUACGGAUGCACAAUCUUUCCUGAUGGCACGAAGGAGGAGGGGAAGUACAAGAACAACGUGCUGGCCCGGGGCAUCAGGAAGCAGCUGAUCCCGCUGAAAAACAACAAGACCAAACAGAAGGUGGAUCGAGCCAUCGAGGGAGCCGUGAGAGCCGCGGCCAUCGCCAGAACCAAAGUGGAGAUCGCCAUCUCCAGGACGUCACACGCCCGGGCCAAAGGCGAGGCUGCAGACCAGGCUGCGCAUUCGGCUAUUCAGGACUCAGAUAUCGCUCGAGUUGUAGCCAGAGAGCUGUCCCCCUCCUUCCACCAGCCAGGCCCUGACUACAUCCGACAGAAGUACAACGAGCCUGUGGAGGUGAAGGAGGUUGUGGAGGAGAAGAAGAAGUCUCCAUCAGGGAGCCCUCAUUUCUACAGGAAAGGCACAACGCCUGACCAGUCCCCCACUCCGAGUGCAGCUCCCAGCCCCACUCCAUCGCCCGCACCUGUUCAGAAGUCUUUCUUCAGCAGUAAAACUACGGCCAGCGUCGCUCCUGCUGCCAAAGAGAACAAAGCCCCGACAGCCGAGUCUCUGACGACAGGCAUAACAAAGGCAGCAUCAAAACUUUCUCUCAGACAGGAAGUGAGGCAACUGGAGGCACCACCACCAGUCAAACCCGCUGUUCCCACCACAACCACCAGCAGUUACCCCAGCAACGGGCAGAUUCACUCCCAGUACCACGGUUACUAUGUCAAGGCUGAUGUCAAGGCUCUGCCACCAGAAGACCCAAUCGGUGUGGAGGAUGAUUUCCACCCUUCAAGCCUCGCGCGCCUGCCGCCAGCUGCCAAACCGAUUCUGGCACCAGCACUAAAACCUCUGCCAGCCCGGAGCCCUUCACCAGCUCCGCCCAAAGAGUCCUCAAAAGCACCAGAGCCCCCCAAGCCAAAAAGACAGGAGUCAACCAAACCAAAGAGCCUUGCAGAAACCAAGAAAGCUAGCAUGGACAUAGCUCCUGAAAUAUUAGAAGAAGAGUCGGGCCCUAACUCUAUCUUGGUGGCUUUGGUGAUGCUGUUGAAUGUAGGUCUAGCAAUCAUUUUUGUCCACUUCCUCACCUGACCAAAUCUUAACUCAGUGGACUCAUCCAAACAAGGAGUCGCUAACUCUCCGUCAGCCAAAGGGGCCUUUUCAAAAAAUGCCGCCAGUCAAACGGCAGACACCAGCAGGACAGAGGACUGAAAAUAGAACGGAGGAGGACGAGGAGGACGAGGAGGAGGAGGAGGAGAAGGAAAAGGAGGAGUGAAGGGAGAAAACACAGUGAGGAGAGAGAAGGAAAAAGCAGAGAGCGAGAAAGAUGAAACUUCCACCAUCAACCACCCGACCCCCCCUUGGGUGCCUGAGUUGGACCUGAUUGGACUGGCGAUGAUUUGUGACUCCACUCAGAGUGCAGUGACAGCUGAAGCAAGCAGUCGCUGUUUUGAAAAAAAGGCCCCCCCCGAGCCCCUCCAUCAUGGGUGGAAAAAACAGGAGGCCUGCAGAGGAGAGUGAAUGGGAGUGAGUGUGAGACGUGCCCAUAAAUGCCUGUAAUGUGUGUGUGCUCAUCCAACUGUUCAGCUCGUUUGGAAGCUUUGAAAUGCUGCAAUAAAAAGCUUGUGCGUCGUCCAGCUGAGUGGAAGAAAAUUUGUUUCCUAAACGAUCCACCAGGAGAAAACAAGAGACAGGGUUUUUGAUUAUUUAGUCUUGGAAAAGUGAUUAUUGAUCUUCAGUUUCACUGUCGUUGGUCACAGGAUUCAUUCAGCUCCACUUACAGUAUGAAGAACACAUGUGCAAUCAGAGAGGUUACAUAAAACAUUAUGAACUGCAGUGCACUUUAAUUGAACUGUUCAGCAGAUCACUCACACCAAUCAAUGCCUUCCUGCUGCCGUCUGCUGCACAGUGUGUCCGGUAAAAACAAAACGCUUCUGCUUCAUGUGAGCGCAGUUUGUAAAGAAGGACCUUUUGUUCAAUUUUGCUUUUUUCUUCUCAACUUUUUCUCUUACAUAAAAAUCCACACAAACCCGUUUGGACAGAGGCCAAGCCUGUGCAUAUCUCAGUGUGAGUGUUUGAGUGUGUGUGUGUGUGUGUGUGUGUGUGUGUGUGUGUGUGUGUGUGUGUGUGUGUGUGUGUGUGUGUGUGUGUGUGUGUGUGUGUGUGUGUGUGUGUGUGUGGGUGGGUGGGCGGCGGGUGUACUGGAUAUGUUCGUAGAUGCACUUUGAGCUGAUGGAAGCCAACAGCUGCCUUACCGUUUUACAGAGUGACGUGUUGGUGGGUGAGAAGGGCCGGGGCAGGAAUGUUCUCCCUCUGCCAUGUCCUGGGAGAGCGGCUCUAUUUAUACCCGUCUGUCUAUCGAUCUGCUCAGAUCUGUUUUUAUCUCUCUGCUCGCUGCUUUAUGCACCACUUCAGCUGGCUUUCACUCCAGAGUGAUGGAGAGAAAAGCUACAUUUAGAUCUGUUGAGAGAGUAUUUUUGAAGAGAAUGGAUGUUGUUUAGGAACUACAGUUUGUAUUUUUUUUAAGGUUUAUCUUGUUUUCAAUCAUGAUCUGACAAGCAACGAAAAUAAUUUAACACCAGCUAAUGUCAUUUAGCUGUUAUAAUACAGAGUAUGACAGCUCUAGUUACAUUUAAGAGUUAAAACAUUUAAACACACACCCUGAUUUGUGACAAUGCGAUAAAUCCCUCCUGGCUAACUGUUUGAACAUGCACAUUUCAACAUUUUAAGCUAGCUGCUGCUGUAAAUAUUCUUCUGAUGGCUGACUGUAAUUAGCAUGUAAAGCACCGCUGUCACUUUAAAACUCCUACUUGGAGUUUUACCCCUCUGACAGAUUCAGUCUGAGUGAUGCUAUCUAGGCUAAUACAGGCUAGCUUGAGAGCUAAAUCCUUGGCUGUUUAAGCUAGCUCUGUAGAGCAGCAGCUGGCUCCUUUGAUACUUGGUUACCGUGUUUGGAAGUCGUUGCUCCGACUUUAAGUGAAGAUACUGUGUUUUAUUUCUCUUUAGUGAUCUAGGUCACACUGUGGACAGCAGCCUUUACAUGUGAACAACAAUUGAGAUAUAUAUUAAUUCUUUAAAAUUUAAAAAAUGUACUUUCAUUAGCCGUUUCUCAAAAUUAUUCUAGCUCAGCAGCUUACCUGGCAGAGACAAUCGUGACUGGAUGUUUUGUGGUGCAUUAAUUUAUUGAUGAGGCAGAUUUUAAUUGCAGAUAUUGGCCCUGUGUAUAUAGUGUGUGUGAUUAUUGAAGUGUGUGACGAUGUGAAGGUGUUUCUGUGACAGUGAUGUUGAGCAGGAGACAGACGGAGACAUAUGGCUGCUGCUGUUUGUAUUUAACCUACAUUUGUUCAUGAUUGUCACAUUGAGUUUAAGUCAUCAACAUUUUUAAUACUUUUUUAAUACCAUGGGGUUUAAAAUGAGACAAUACAUUUUUUUCAACAAUCAAUAGAUUUAAAAAGUGAUGA